AUGAAGUUCAUCCACUCCCUUGCUGUCCUUUCCCUUCUGGCCCUCGGCGUGCAAUCUGCGCCACACACAAAGCGGGAUGGGGCUUCCAGUCAAGCGACCUUGGACGUCGCCGGUAUGCCUGUCGUCGAGUUAUCCUCAACCGGCAGCGCGGCGAUCGCGACCGCGACCGCGACGGUCACCGUGCCACACAUCCGCCGUAAAUCUUCGGGGUCGCAUAGUCAUGGACUAGGCCUAGGUCCAGGAGCUCAUGUUCCGGCGCAUUCGAAUCAUGCGACUCCCGGCCUCAGCAUCUCGAAGACUCUGGCGGCCAGUGCGCUGACGAUAGUCGGAAGCAUCACCAUCGGUGCUGUUGCGGUGCUUUGA